AUGGUGGAGUCCUGUAGUUAGAGGACCCACACGAAGGACAAAACUCCUACACGAGAGGAGAGGGGAAGCGUUUGGAACUCCCGUGUUAAUACAAGAGGCUCUUUUUCAGUCAGAAAUCCAUUACCUACGAAGACUCCCUCCCGAAGAAAUGGUCCGCCGGGUUCUCGCCAGAGUUCGUGGCGCCCUUCGCUCGAUCCCCUCGACGCCCCACGCGAUUACUUCCGGUACCUCCACACGCCCCAGUCCUGGUGCCGGAAGCUGGUCAUGCUCGGGGGGAUGCUCCCUUGCAGCAACGCCAACGUGUCGAUGCCUGAGGACGGCAAUAAGAUAGUCUGCCUCGACCCGCCCCUCGAGCUGCCGGCGGGAGGCCGCGACCCCCGCUCCUGCCUCGUCUUCUCCUUCGGGAUCAACGACGACACCACCUUCGACGACGCAGUGUCUCGGCUGCCAUGCGAGGUCCACAUGUUCGACUUGAAGCCCGUGGAUCCCGUUUACCUCAUGGGUCUCGCGCGGCAUGUGCACUUCCAUGAGGCCGGCUUAGCAGACCACCAUUUCAUAUCGUACGUGCAAGACGUGAAUAAAACGUUAGAAUUCAACGACGUAGCAGGUUUUCUACGUGACAAAGAACUGACGGGAAGACCACUACACGUUCUGAAGAUUGACAUCGAGGAGUCAGAGUGGGACAUCCUGAAACAGCUGGUGAAGGAACCGAUUCUGGACAUCGUUGGCCAGAUUGCAAUGGAAGUUCACGUGAUGAAGGUGCUUGAACUUCCGCCCUCUGAACGGCUGAACUUCCUUCGAGAUCGGUACCAGAUCUUGAGAGAAAUAGAGAAGCGAGGUUUCCGCGCGGUCUCCUACUGGGACAACCGCCAACCAAAACUCGUCUACAGAGACCCAGAUGGCAGCACUUACGACACAUGCGGGGAGAUCUUAUACGUUAAUACAAACUGGUACAAGGAUUCCUUCAAGCGGAAACUAAAAGACAUUGGAUUCAAGUUUCGUGGUGUGUGAUUACCGAGUGUCCGAUGGGUGCCUGUGUAAUCUUGAA